GGGAACUUGAAGCUGUGCAGGGGUAAUUAUUAGUGUUGAUAUGUGUCGCUUUGGAACGAGGUUUGGAGAUACUGCACGAAGCGCCGCAUCCAGUGUCCGUGCGUCCUGGUCCUGCACGGAACAGGACUCUGCUGUGGAUAGGCCGCCUUCUCCAGAAUAUGCCCUGUCUCCAUGGUAACAGGCCUUUGGCAGACCCAGAAAAAACUGUGGGACAAACUGGCCCACUCUCAUCUAACAUACCUGAUCCUGGACUGCACUGAGCGCAGACUUUUGUUCACAUAUGGUCAUAGUAUCAGACAGACCGAGUGCAGGACAUUGAACAGAAUGUCUAAAUUAGUGUUUAAAUACAUAGUUUUAUUUGACUGGAUCAAACUGGGAAGGAGUCUGUAAAUAUCAGAGAUGUUGAACAUAAUUCAACAAAAUUUUGUUAUUUCGCUUUAUUAUGUCAGGGAUUUACUCAUAUUCAAUUAAGAGAUCUCAGGUCCAGUAGCACCAGUCGUAAACUGGUCUAAAAGGAUUCUGAAGCGGGCCCAGGAUGCACCAGCUGUUCAGCCAGGUGUUGGGCCAGAGGGAUCUGUCCAGAGCAGGGGAUCUGUUCUCGCUGGAGGAUGCAGAAAUCGAGGACUGUCUGUCUCAGGCUCUGGACCAGAUUAAAACCAUCUCCUGCUCACCAGAUUAUCUGACGAAUGACAACGACCAGGCGGUGGUGGAGAUCUGCAUAACACGCAUCACCACGGCCAUAAGGGAGACCGGCUCCAUCGAAAGACACAGCACAGCGCUGGUGGGUCUGUGGGAGUCGUGUCUGGAACAUAACCUCACCCCUCAAGGUGAAAACACAGAGGACACGCCGCACGCCAAGAUUGCCUCUGACAUCACCAGCUGUAUCCUACAGAACUACAGUUGUCCGUCGGUCAUGGUGCUCGCCGUCCCGGUCGCCGUGCGUUUCCUGCAAAGAGGGAACAGGGAGCUGAGCAGGAACAUGUCCAGUUACCUCUCACUGGCUGCGAUAGCCAAGGCCGACCUGCUGGCUGAACACACCGAGGCCAUAACACUCAGUGUGCUUGGAGGUAACCACAUGCUGUUACGAGUCUUACCAUCAGUCUACCCAAGACAACCGGAUAUCAUCCACCGUCACCUAGGCAACCUUACCAUGAUGAUGUCACAGCUGGAAUCACCAGAGCAACAACAUCUGUUAAGACUCAUUCAGAUGGUCGCAGAACAACAUCCACUGAUGUUGAGCCCUCAGGUGCCUGUGCUGUUCGGUUACCUUGGUGACCAGUCUUUAACCGAGGCCUUACUGGGAGCACUGGUGGAUGUGUCUCAGGCCAGUCCUUCGUCGCUUGUCAAUUUUCUGCCAACGCUGAGGAUUAUGGGACAACAAUAUCCUACUCUCUUGGGUCAUGUGGCCAAAAUCCAUGGUGCUGUGGGCAUCAUCAGUGAGUCACUCGCUCACAGCUCGCUGGUCUACCUGGUGUCCCUUCUGGGCAGCAUGGACCACAGCUUCCACCACACGCUGCUUCUGGAGAUCAGAGCUCUGACUGACCGUUACCCGUCGUUACUGGGCAGCUGCGGUAAAGACAUCUACAGGAUGAGCAACUCGUUCGCCGCCAUCGCCAGACUGCUGGGAAGGCGACUGGAGGAGAGCGCAGCGUUACACUGCAGGUCAGAGGAAAAAGGAGGAGGAGGAGGAGGAGGAGGAGGAGGAGGAGGAGGAGGAGGAGGGUCAGACCAGCGACUGCAGAUGAAGAUCCAGGCCUUUGAGGAGAAAAUGGGAGAGGAGGGUGGAGAGGAGGAGGUGGAGGAGGACACGCCUGCCCCCCAGCGACGCUACAGCCUGAGCCAAGCUGUGAGAGAGGAGAGACGAGAGAUGAGAUUCAACAGGUCCAAGAGCCUCGCCCUCCACGCCGUCCGCUCACGUUCCAUCAACUCAGACGGCGGAGAGGAUGGGGAGGGGGUGGAGCUAAACCCAGACAACGCCUACUCCAACACGAUGCACUCAGAACAGGAAGCUCCGCCUACUGAGAUGAAGCUGAUAGCCGAUGGCCCCCUGGUGCCGGACAAAGCCAUCAGAGAAGCAGAGAAAGGUCAAAGCAGAGCGAAGGAUGGAGCGAAGGAGGAUCAGGAAGAAGCGGACAGACUCUUUAUGCAUCUAAGAGACAAUAUGGAGACGAUCAGACAGUUCUGUAAAGACACAGUGCAGCAGAUCCCCAUUCCAGAGCAGUGUCUGAUAGAAGAUUCUAACCGAGGUUGCGUGGCCAAGCUGUCCUUCUCUUGUCCUCUGAAGGGACACUACUGUCUGUACGCCAAGUCCUGCUUCAACCUGACCAGUCGACAGCCUCAUGUUUGGAUCCACAUCAUGUUGUUGCAUCUACAGAAUAAGUCCAGUGUUCCCUUAUGUUCCAAAGACAAGUGUGUCCAGAGACUGGCCUCUCUUUGGGAGAAGACACAGCUUAAAGGCGCUCACAGUUUCCCUAUGGCUAUGACACAACACACCACCCCACACAGAAAGGACUUGGACAGUCUCCAGAUGCAGCUAGAAGAGGUACGGUUCUUUGACCUGUUCGGCUACAGCGAGGAGGAAGGAGGAUGGCUCUGCUUCAUGUGUAACAACCCUGAAAAGGCCACAGUCGUGAACCAGGAAGGGCAGCCUCUGAUCGAGGGGAAGCUGAAGGAGAAGCAGGUCCGCUGGAAGUUCAUCAAACGCUGGAAAACCCGUUACUUCACCUUGGCAGGAAACCAGCUACUCUUCCGGAGAGGCAAAUCAAAAGAUGAGCUGGAUGAUAUUCCUAUUGAGCUUAGUAAGGUCCAAAGUGUCAAGGUGGUGGCCAAGAAACGUCGGGACCGAGGCCUGCCACGGGCCUUUGAGAUCUUCACUGACAGUAAGACGUACGUGUUAAAAGCUCAGGAUGAGAAACAUGCGGAGGAGUGGCUGCAGUGCAUCAACGUGGCCGUGGCUCAGGCCCGAGAGAGGGAGAACAGAGAGGCUACCACGUACCUGUGAACGCACCGCAUCCUCCUAAAAGCACACUACAUGCAGUGGACAGAUGGGAAAAGACGCCCCAGUCAGAGGUAUUUAACAUCAGUCCAGACACCUGUCAGAGGAACGCCUGAUAUGCAGUAUUUUUAGGAACAAAAAAGACUUGAAGCAAUAAAAAGUUUGACUGAACGGCGUGUACCCAAGCACAUGGAUGGAUCCAGUAUUUGAAUACAAUAGCACAGACGCAGCAGAGUAUAAGUGUUAAGGACGAUGCAGUAUGGAAACUUUUACAGCCUGGUGAGAGCUGUGAGCUUCAACAACCAAACCAAACCAGCAUCUGUGGAAUGAUGGAAUUUCUACAUUUAAUGACACAUGAUGAUUAGGGAGUACUUCCAGAGUAUUUAGCAAAAAAUACUGAACAGAAGAGCAGACCUCAGAAGGACGUGUAGCAAUAAUAACACUGAGCAGUGUCUUGUACAAGCAGGAAGGAUGAAGAAGAGUCUAACAGACAGCAGAUGGAUCUGAUUCGUGGUCUGUGUGUGUGUGUGUGUGUGUGUGUGUGAGAGAGAGAGAGAGAGAGAGCGCGCGCAUGCACUAUCGUAUACAGCACAUAUCAUGUAUGUAUGUACAGUAUGUAGUGUUGUUUGUACAGUUUUAACACAACUUUCAAGAUGAUUUCUAACAAACAUUCUCUUCUCUAACCCUCAAAGACAAAACCGCCACCUGCCACCAAAAGCAUCAACCGAUCUAAAAUGUUUUAAUACCUUCUGAACCUAUUAAAGGUAGGGUAGGAGGUGUUU